AUGUUCGGACCGACCUUCUACGAAAAUGCGGACCCUGUCCCCCGCGGCGUGGAAAAUGUCACGUGCUCCGCCCCCCUGCAAGGCGAAUGGAUCAUGAACCCUGACCCUCCCACCUUCACGUGGCCCGGCAACAGAUACAAGCAUCGCGUCUCCAUCACCGCCGGGGCGGACUUGGUCUUCAACCCGAACGCCACGGCAGACUCGACCUUCGGCGGCGCCAUCAAGUUCAUCUACGCCUUACCAACGUCCGAAGAACUCUACAGCCUCCACCCACCCUGGUACAACGACUCGGGCCGGGCGUACACCAUCGAGAAUGACGAGAUUCGCAAAAAAUUCGGGGCUCGACGCACCUGGACGCAUCAAGACGACGAUUAUUACGAAUACCCGCGCCGCGGGAAUAUCAAAAACGAGCCGGAACCCCACUACUUCGCGGCGGUACAACGCGUCCUUAACGAGUUCAACUGGGAGACGUGGCGGGCCUAUGCGCAUGAUAAUCCGGAUGUCCCAGGAAACACGUAUGAGCACUGGAUAGAUGUGGAUGGCAAAAAGCGUUGUAUCCUCUACGAAACGGACCAUAGUCAGGUAUAUUUCGCCAAUAGUUACACUCACCCCUACUACGAUGCGACCUGCAUCGGUCUGGACGCCCAGCACCUCGCGCGAAACCAAGUACCGCUGGAUACCGUGACCCCCGCCAAACUGAGGGCACCGAUAGUGCCGCAAUUAUCAGCGAAUGAGGAUGUCACCUUCAUCCGGGGGCCGAAGCAUGACGACAGACUGCCCCCCAUCACAGGGCGGUGCUUUCCAUCCCUCUUUGGCAACGAUGGCGUGGGCAGUCUCCACAACAGUCCGCCGUCAGGGGAUGCAUUCUUCCAGCAGUACAGAGCUCACACAACUUUGGAUCCUGCCCUGGGAAGGAUCAUCAAAACGGUGGAUCUCCAGUGGAGAACUCAGUCCAGGAAAACGUUCAAAGUAAGCUUGGUAGAAAAACAGACGAAGAACAACUUGCUUUGCAACUUGGCCAAGGACAUGAAGAAUCUCACGAAAAACAAAUGUCCCCUCCUCGUCCCGAGACCCUUCACCACCGCACCUACUCAUCCCCAUAGACUAAAACUCCAAGAACAACUACAGAAAAGGCCAAGUUUCAAGAAGACAAACGCGUACAAAAGGGGCAUGAUGGUGGCGGAAGAUCCGUUCACGCUUUUCAUCUGGGAUACGAGACUGAUUCACGGGAUUUUUAUGACCAUCAUUGCCAUGUUUGUGACGCCGGUGAGCUUCUUCUUGACGCGAUAUUUCAAAGAGACCUUCAUGAAUAGUCGGAUUUUUCUCCUUCGGGUCUGGUACUUUGUCCACCUUUCCCUCUCCUUCAUCACCAUCCUUCUCUUCAUGGUCGGAUUGUCGCGACAAAUUGGGAGCAAGGCGAUUUUAGGGGUCAGUUUGAGCCGCUCAGGGCUGGCGCAUCGCAUCAUGGGUUGGAUGUCUGUCGUAAUUUCGAUCCUGCUCUUCGUCCUGGGGGGAAUACGACCGCUGAACCGGCAAUUUCGGGCAAUAGUUAUCAUUUUGCAUGGCGUCAUGGGGCUCGCAUUCUACUGGAUGAGUCUGGCGUGCAUGAUAACGGCGAACGCAAUUCCCGGCUCACCCGCGGCCUACCAAGAUUUUUCGGUCCUUUCUUUCUCCGGAGGACAUCUGAGGAAGGAGGCCGUCUUCGUCAUCGUCACGUUUUGGAUUUUCUUCGAUAUUGCAAUGCACGUCAUGAUGACGAUUCUGCAAUCUCGCAGUGACAAAGAAAUGAAGCUGAAUGAACGUCGUCUAAUUCUGUUUUCAAUGAUUCCAGUCUUGUUGGAGAGGGAACGAUUCGAUGCACCGGGUCGUUUCGCUCGGAUUUACAUGCUGCGCGCGUACAUCGUUAUGGCGCUGGCGUGCACCGUUACAAUCUGUAUUUUCAUGUUGAACUACUCUCCGCGGAAGAAGGGGCUCGGAUUCAUGGUCUGUACGCAUGAAGGGCAUGAUUUCAACAUCCGCCAGAUAUACUCGUGUUAACUCAUCUCGUCACGCGAAAAAAAUAAACCGACGCUGUCAACUUUGUCACAAUUGAAGAAAAACAACGCUCCAAACCGGCAUAAAAUUUAGGGGUGAACUAAACAUUCCAUUUCAGCGAAUAAUUUAAGUGCUUCGGAUUCAGUGGGUUAGACUGCUAGCUAAUCUUGUCCCCGAAAAAUCGCCUCAAAAUCAACCCAACGCCACCAAAUUUGUCAGACUGGAAGAAAAUCAACGUCCCAAAAGCUAUGAAAAUUUACCAUUUAAAAGAUCCGACUUUCGUGAGCAAUAUAAGUGAUAAAUAAGUAGAAAUUAAUUUAUUCGGGAUCCGUUGUUUUAUAGAACUGUGCACAUUUAAAAAAUCUCUAAAUCUAACUAUUUUACAUAUACGGAAAUUUAUAAAAAAUAAAACGUAUUUUCAUUUUGUGUAAAUGUUUAUGUUUCCAAUAUCACACGACACAUUCAAGGUGAAGGUUGACUUGUAUCGUAGAGCAGCUAUGACGGCAUACCUCAAUUCGAUCGAGAUGUAUGUACAGACUGGUAAUUAUGUAAAUGAAUUAAUCAAUGACUAAUUAACUUAUUAAAUACAUAAUACUUUUAAUAUGACGGUAGCUAAGUAAGUUAAGUAAUUGUGGAGUGAAACGCGAGACUAGAAAUUAUGUAAUACAGAUAAUUACGUAUUAUUAUUGGCAGUUAUUUAAUUUCGAGAAGGAAAAAAAUCACGUGUAUUUUUUUGACAUUGAUCCAGAUUUUGAUCCAGUUUUUUGGUCAAUUAUGAAAAAGUGCAUGCAAUUGCAUUGUAUAAAAUUCGUCCCAUUUUAAGAUUUAAAAACCCUGUUUUUUUCUACAGAUUGAUUACUAUUUUAGUAAUCAAUGUGCUUUUAGUAAUCAAUGUGCUUUUAGUAAUGAGCUCAUUUAAGUUAAAUUAAAAAGUGGACCAGUCAACUUUCUUCAUUUUGAAUUCACAUGGAUUUUUUCUGACAUUGAUCCAGUUUUUUAAGUUAAAUGUAAAAAGUGCAUCAAAUUAGUCCCAUUUUUACGAUUAGUGCAAAACUGAUCUAUGUUUUUGCAAUUUGAUUACUAUUUUGGUAACGAGCUCAGUUGAAUUAAAUUAAAUUAAAAAGUGGAAUAGUCAACUUUCUUCAUUUUAAAGUUAACUGCAAAUUAUUAUGUUUACCUUGAUGAUUUAAAUGGUUUGCAAUUUAGCUGUUGCAGAAAUUAAAUAUUAUGAUAUGAGUCGUUCGUUAUCGUUAAUAUUCAUUCAUAACAAGUUAAUUCGCCUCAUAGUUAAAUAAAUAGUUAAAUAAAAUCUAUUGUUAAAAAAACUUGUCUGAUUGUCAACUCGAUGAAAUGAAUGACAUUUGCUUGCCAAACUGAACAAACAAGUUCGUUCAUCACGGAGGAAAUAAGUAAUAAAUCGUGAUUUGUAUAUUUAUUAAAAUUUUGCAUGCAAAAAACUAUUUGCAAAAAUUGAGUCCAGUUACAUCCAGAUUUGUGAUUUCGAAUUUUGCGAAUAAAAAAGUUGUAUCGUGUGCUAAUA